UCAUCGUGUUGCAAGUAGUAAAAUAAUAUAAUUUUUUCUCAGGCAGUAAAAACUGAGUAAAUUAGAUAUUUUAUGUUGAAUUUACAUUACGAUCAUACUUUAGCUGUCCUCGUGUCACCUAAAUAAGGAUAUCAAACAUAUUUUACAAGUCUUGUACUACAGUGCGCGUUUGUUUAAGCAACAAACUAACGUUAUAUCGUGUACAUAUAAUAUUUAGAAAUUAUAUAAUCAUUAAUCCAAAAUUACAAAACUGAAAAAUCGAACAAUUAUGAAUUUAAUUGUUAGUAAAUAGUAAUAUAAGAACUAAGCGCUUCGAUUAUAGAAUAGCUGUAUGCUAGACAACCAUUACAGAAAACGAAGAAAAGGCAACAUACAAAUGAUGAAUUGUUAAUUAAAGAUAAUAUAUUGUGCAUUGCCGUAAUAAAUAAGUGCUCUUGAAUCGUGCUGUGUGGAAUAUAUAUGAAUGAUUUUUUUGUAAAUCGAAGUUCAAUGUUUCGUUCAAGUAUACAAAUAAUCAAUCCACUUGCUUGUUGCUGUUUGAUCAGCAGUGUAAUCAAAUGAAUAUAGUAUAUGAGUUACGUCUACUAUAUUUCCAGUAAUGGUUCUGCAUAUACUUGACUGUCGGAUAAUUAUCAACACAUUUGUCGGGGCAUCGCCAUAAGAACACACUAGUUCAAAAUUAGUUUUCCUAGUCAUUGGGGGGUCGGGCGACUGCCUGUACCCCCUACGAGCGAGAUUCUAGCUACAAUUAGUAUGUUCGAACAAAUUAAAACAGAACCAAUGGGAUUCUAUACCGCAUAUCCUCCGCCCCAGUCCGGUCAGACAGCGUUAACAACUAGCCGUACCGAUCAAAACCAACAAAGCGUAAUUGCUGUAAACGAAAGUAAAUCUGCAUUCAAUAGCAAUGUACAAGGUAUUGCUACUCAACCAAUAAAUAGUCAUUCCUCCUCUCCGAGCCGAAAUAAGAGACAAACAUGUAAGAUUUGCGGAAAAACUCUAUCUUCUCCUAGCAGUUAUUAUGUACACAUGAAGUUACAUUCAGGAACCAAACCUUUCGCUUGCACUGUGUGCGAAGCUGCUUUCUGCAGGAAACCUUAUUUAGAAGUUCACAUGAGAACACAUACAGGAGAACGCCCCUUUUCUUGUGACGUGUGCCUAAAACGGUUUAGCCAAAAAUCAUCGUUGAAUACCCAUAAGAAAAUUCAUAUGAGAUAUUGGAGCAUUCAUAAACCGUUCCAGUGUAAUCAGUGUAGUGCAUCCUUUGGCCGAAAACCAUAUUUAGAAAUUCAUCUUCGUACUCACUCGGGUGAACGUCCAUUCGUUUGUGACAGAGAAGGUUGCGAUAAAAGGUUUUCCCAGAAAUCGACACUAAACAUUCAUAAACGCGUUCAUGAUCCCAACCACAGACCUUUCAUAUGCGAACAUUGCCCAGCUACGUUUUGUCGGAAGCCAUACCUCGAUAUUCAUAUAAGAUCACAUACAGGAGAAAGACCCUUCGAAUGUUCAACUUGCUUAAAACGAUUCUCGCAGCGAUCCACACUAAACAUUCAUAAGCGUAUACAUACAGGCGAACGUCCGUAUGCCUGUGAUAUUUGUAAUAAAACAUUUGCUGUGAAAAGUUACGUCACAGCUCAUCGCUGGUCUCAUGUUUCGGAAAAACCUCUUAACUGCGAUCGAUGUUCAAUGACAUUCACCAGCAAAUCACAAUUCGCUGUUCACAUCCGAACUCACUCGGCAGGCCAAAAUUUUGAAUGCCGUUUGUGUGGUCGAGCCUUUAUUCGAGACAGUUAUCUGAUAAGACAUAACAACCGAGUGCAUCGAGAUAACCGAAUUAAUGCAAAUCAUGUGAAUGCUACGAUUAAUAGCGUUGCUAUCGGGGAAAUACCUUCGCAAAUUAACGACUCCAGUCCUGGAGAUACGGGCGAUCACAAUAAUCACCAACAGAUUUCUACUCAGCAAAGAGAGUCAUACAAUAGUGCAACAGCACAGCCAUGCAAUUUCAGGUACGCGCCCGAGCUUCAUAUUGCCGAGACACUAUCCUCCGUUUCACAUAUUUCCUCUCCGGAUAUUAGUAACGGACAUAACCUUUCGCCAAAUAUUACACAUUCUAGUCAAGAGCAUGGAAUGCCAUUGUCAUCUAGCAGGAAUAUGAUUAUUAGUGCUGCUGCUCCAAACGUUCAAAUUAAUGACAAUUUAAUUGGACAGGCACGCAUGUCAGAAGAGUUACACGACCGAGAUCACAUUGAAAUGGACCGAGUUCUACACCAUGAACGUUCAACAGAACAUGAAUCUCGUAAUCUCACAGAACGCUUUAUACAAAACGCUGACGGAAUGGCACAGGAUCAUACGAUUGCUAUGCAACAGCAGGAACACCAUCAAGACAUGAUGUCACCAAUUCAACACCUUGUUUCCGAUAAAAACAACAUCCCUGAUCAACUCGAAAGAAAACAUGACUAAUGUAAUCUCGCUGAUAUAAAAUACCACGAUCAACUAUAACUUACUGAAUCAUAGCAAAAUUAUAAUACCAAUUGAAACACGCUGUACAACUAUUGAUGUAUACCAAGUUAGAAAUAGGAAACGGUUUAAAUUUUAGAAAAGUUCAGAAAACAACCGAUCACGUUCAAUGCAUUAUCGCAGUUAUAUAUUAAAAAAAACUCGAUAUGCUCAAUGUAGUAUAUGAUUAACGGUGUACAAUAUAAUUGCACAUAUAACAGUAUGAUUGAAUAUAACAAGUAUAUUAAAUAGUAGUGAUCACAACAUAAAAUAAUGAAAAUUUUUUAUACAAUCCAAGUCGAAGGCAGCGCCAUUGGUAUUCUAGUAACAUGUAUUAUUAGUUGAUGUUUAUUUUAAAUAAUAUAAAGCAAAACAACGUUAUAUGGAACUUCUCUGCGCCAAUAUAGGAGAGAAGCAUUGAAGUAUAGACACCAUAAAGCUUCCUAGAGUAGUCAUUUCCAAAAUGAUGUGAUCCGUAGCUGCCUUCUGCUUUUUAUUUUCGUACAAAAAUUAGCAACCAUUCAAAUGAAUAAAGGAAUGUGUAAUCGCCCGAAC